ACGGGGCUGAACUUCUCAAACGCCGGCGGGGAUUGAAGCGCAGCUGCUGCAGACAUUCCUCAGAUAGUAGUCCUCCUGCUCGCCGGUUUACCGGUUGAUUUUUCACUGUGAACCGUUACACUGUUGGAGAAAAUGUCGAACGUCAACUGGAAGCCCUUUGUUUUCGGCGGGCUAGCUUCCGUGACGGCGGAAUGCGGGACCUUCCCAAUCGACCUAGCCAAGACUCGUCUUCAAGUUCAAGGCCAAGUAGGCGACAUUAAAUACCGAGAGAUUCGGUACAGAGGCAUGCUCCAUGCUUUAGUGAGGAUAGGAAGAGAGGAGGGGCUCCGGGCACUGUAUUCAGGAAUAGCUCCUGCUAUGCUGCGCCAGGCCUCCUAUGGGACCAUAAAAAUUGGCACAUACCAGAGCUUUAAGCGACUGCUGGUUGAAAGACCAGAGGAUGAGACCUUGCUGACUAAUAUGAUAUGUGGUGUUCUAUCUGGAGUCAUCUCUUCCUCCAUCGCUAACCCCACUGAUGUGCUGAAGAUCCGCAUGCAGGCUCAGGGAAAUGUGAUCCAGGGCAGUAUGAUGGGUAACUUCAUUAACAUCUACCAGCAGGAGGGAACAAGAGGGCUGUGGAAGGGUGUUUCUCUUACGGCUCAGCGGGCGGCCAUCGUGGUCGGGGUCGAGCUACCGGUCUACGACAUCACCAAGAAGCAUCUGAUCCUGUCGGGUCACAUGGGGGACAACGUGUACGCACAUUUCGUGUCCAGCUUUGCGUGUGGUCUGGCGGGAGCUUUGGCCUCCAACCCGGUGGACGUAGUCCGGACACGCAUGAUGAACCAGAGAGGAGUAGCUCUGUACCAGGGAACCCUGGACUGUAUACUGCAGACGUGGCGCUCAGAGGGCUUCAUGGCCCUGUACAAGGGUUUCUUUCCCAACUGGCUCCGCCUGGGACCAUGGAACAUCAUUUUCUUCCUCACAUAUGAACAGCUGAAGAAGAUCAAUGUGUGACUCGGAGAACAAGCUGGGGAAGAAGAGACGAGUAUGUGCUCACGCUCCGAGACGAGCUAAGAGGACCAAAAUCGCGACUGGCUGGAUGGCGAUGGAGCCACUGAACGUGGGAAAGGGGGUUGAUGUAGACCCUUGUAUGAGGGGUGGCGUGAGAAUUUGCCUAAUUCCUGUUUGGGCUACAUGUCUCCUAAAGCCUGUGGCAAGUAUGGAAGACACUUAUUUUAGCUCAUCCACACGCUAUGUGAAGCUUAACUGGUCAUUUAAAUCUGAUAAUGACCCCUUAGGUUCAUGUCACCUAAUUUAUGGGUCUGUAAAUUGGAAAGAAUAACCGUCCAAGACUCUUGUUUAUGACCCUUUUUUUUUUUUUUUCUUUCAGCCAGAAACUGCUUAAAAUGGCUCUAAUAUCACAAGGGGUUUCAAUCUUCUACACUUAAAAGUGGUCCCCAAAUUGAGUGCCUUAGUUUGUGAUACAGGUAGUCUGCAGUAGGUCCAAGAAUGUGGGACAACAGCUGGCAGUCAAGGUAACUUUAUUUAUACCCAAAGGUAGAUUUGGCUUACAGUGGGAAGUUGGGUGCGUCAGCGUCCUUUUUACAGACACACAUGCAUACAUACACACAAUCGGCAGCAGACUGUUAGGACAUAAAAUGUGUGUGUGUGUGUGUGUGUGUGUGUGUGUGUGUGUGUGUGUGUGUGUGUGUGUGUGUGUGUGUGUGUGUGUGUGUGUGAGAUACAUCACAGUGUACUGUAAUACAUAAUUGUCAUAUAAACAGUCUGCCUACACAUGAGAAUAUGUGGCGAGCCUAGUGGUCCCUUAUGCCAGCAACUGCAGACAACUCCAUACGUUCGUGUUAUCAUAUGUUGCUGAAGCCUGCAUACGAUUUCCCUCACCGCUUUAGGUUAGACCAUUGAGAAAGAUUAGGGUAUCCAAAGUGCAUCAUUUGACGAUGUUUAUUGCUUGAAGGCACUGAAACAACUGCACAUGUUCCACAGUUAACUAUUUUCAUAUGAUGUAUUUGCACGCCUAUCUGUGAGCUUUUUUGUAAAGAAUGGAUAGGCUGUCGUGUGUGAGGUGCCAUUGCUGCCAAAGUGUACUUUUGAUGUUGGUGUACAAGGCUGCUGUCAGCCUGUAUAUUUGAAAUAAAAGAAGAAAAAAAAACAGUU